AGCCUGCGCAGCCUCCACAGAGGAGUCUGCCUCACGCUCUCCCUUUGCCACCGGCAUUGAUGAGAUAUAAAGCUCUCUCCCGCAGCAACAUCUGGGUUUCUCUUUCUGUUUCCCUUUCACAACCCAAUAUCUCCCACAGGCGUCCUUACAUCGACCGUCACACAACUAAGGCCGGGCCAAUUUGUACUUGGUACCGCGUCACAUUUCUUUACACUUCAUCCCAUAGUCCGGCCCAGGUUUCGUCGGACUAGCAUCAUGGCGCCCGGAAUCCUCGCCGAGACUCCCUCGGUGGAUGAAACCGGCAACAGAUUGGAGGUUUUGACCAUCAACGGGAAGGCCGUUGACAAGCAAGUCAAACAGUCGGUGAAUGGUGAGAAGGCGGCAAAUGGCGAGGCACAAGUGACAGGUGACGAUACACCACGGAACGGAGCCUCUGCCGGGCCGGUUGGCGAGGGUGAAGCCGAGAGUAAAGACGCCACUAAGGCGGACUCCGAGAGCGAGUCCGAGGAUGAGACCAUGAAGUGUGAGAUUAAGCAUCUCGACAGGCGGUACAACGACGAGGAUGAGCUAUACUUCAGCGAGCGCAAGGCCGAGGCCGAGAAGCCAAAGCAGAAGGACUGGUGGAGAUUGUUUGCUUUCUGCAUGGUCCGAUGCUACAAUUCCGAGGAUGAGGUGGUGGGCACAAGUCUCUACGUCAACCCACAGCCGCUCCGGCAGCUCCUUUUCGAUGUCAUCGGGAACUUCCCGGGCAACCCCAUCGACGUGGACGAUGUCCAGAUCGAAGCCCCCUACCACUCCCUCUUCUACCACCGGAAGCAGCUGGAGACGGAGGGUUUCAAGCGCUUCGCUGAUGACCCGGAGUCGCUCGAGCACCUCAACCUGCUGCUGAAUUGGAUCAAGACCCACUUCGAGCUCGACAUCGCCGCGUACGAAAAGUGCACGACGCAGGGGCAGAAGGUGAUUGCCUACGACAGAUUGUGGACUCUCUUCCCUCCGGGAACCAUCACGUACUGCAAGCUGCUCUCGCAGAACCGUGCCUUCCGCAUCACCAACAACUGGUACGACCACAGCGAAGCCAGUCCCAGCCUGGCCCUCGCGGCCGACUUCUUCGACUUCGACGGUGACCGUCUGGGCACCCGGCACAUCGAGUUGGCCAUCCCCAAGUACCAAGGCACGAGGGAGCUGAGCGAGCUCGACGCGAUCCCGCUGGACCUGCUCGACGACGCCGCCGACGUGCGGGAGGAGCUCCUCUCGCGGGGCCGGCGCUUCGAGGCCUACAUUGGCCAGCACUUCCUGCACUACGACGGCAUCGCCAUCAAGAAGACACGCGAAGGCUACGCGCGCUUCACGGUCAACGGCCGCGUCAUGAUCGACUGCAAGACCUACCAUCGCCUGGAGCCCAACGACUCCUUCACCGUCGUGACCAGCGACGAGAAGACCAAGAUGGAGCGCAGCCGCAAGAGAGCCAUGGCGCAGGCGGCUGCGCAGCUCACAUUCGCCAAGGCCGACGGCACGCCCAAGUUCGACCCGAUGUCGGACGAAGACGCCAUGUUGACCAACGCCACCGUCCGCGGCUACUCGUUCACGGCAAAGCGCUUCCUGGAGUUUUUCAUCGAGGACCUGUCCGAGAUUCAGUGGAAUACGAAGUGCUUUGACGACCUGGUGCUUGACCCGUCCAUCAAGAAGACGGUGCAGGCGCUGGUGUCGACGCAUUCGCAGACGCGCGAGAGCUUCGACGACAUCGUCAAGGGCAAGGGCAUGGGCCUUGUCUGCGUGCUCCACGGGCCGCCGGGCGUGGGCAAGACCCUGACUGCUGAGUGUGUCGCCGAGUUUGUCAAGCGGCCGCUCUACAUGGUGUCUUCCGGAGAUCUCGGCACCUGCAGCGCGGACCUAGACCGGGCGCUGACCAGGAUCAUGGACAUGACGGCCACGUGGCGCGCGGUGCUGUUGAUCGACGAGGCCGACGUGUUCCUCGAGCGACGGUCGCUGCACGACAUGCACCGCAACGCCAUGGUGUCGGUCUUCCUGCGCGUGCUCGAGUACUACUCGGGCAUCCUGUUCCUGACGACCAACCGCGUCACCACCUUCGACGACGCCUUCAAGUCGCGCAUCCACAUCCCCAUCCGCUACACCGACCUGACGGUCGACUCGCGCAAGCAGAUCUGGCGCAACUUCUGCCGCAUGGUCCCCGGCGGCGUCGACAUCGACGAGAAGGGGCUGGCCACGCUGGCCGAGAACGACCUGAACGGCCGCCAGAUCAAGAACGCCAUCAAGGCCGCCGAGAGCCUGGCCGCGUUUGACGGCGCCAGGCUGGAUCUGAAGCAGCUGCUGCAGAUCACCAAGAUCCAGGCCAUGUUUGAGAGCGAUCUGACCAGCUUGAGCGGCGUCGAUUACACCGCGCCCGGCGAGAGGAAGAAGGAUGCGGAUAGCCGGAAUAUGUUCUUGUGAAUUAGUAUGACUGGAUUUGUCUUCCAUUGGUUUUCCUUUCAUCCAUGAUUUAUAUUUGUUUCGGUACGUAGCUCAUACUCCGAGGUGAGGGGUUGGUACUUGGUACAUGCACGA